AUGCUAAAACUCGCACGAAAUGCACUGACCAGCUUAGGUUCAUUUUAUGACAGUGACGGUGGUGAAAUUCAAAGGAAGUUCUUUCAUCUUUUGCAUAACCUUCAAGAAGAUGAAGGAUUGAAUUUAGGAAACAAAUUCUCAGCACAGCACCUACAAUUUGAAAAACAUAAAAUGAAUGUAAGAUUAGCUGCACAAGCCCUAAGCUCAUCAGUGACAAAUGCAAUCGAAUUUCUGGACGUUUCGAUGAAGCGACCGCAAUUUAAGAACAGCGGGCCUACUGUAAACUUUAUAAGAAAUAUUGACAGACCAUUUGACAUUCUUAAUUCUAGAUGUCCUCGGGCUAAGGGAUAUAAGCAGCAUCUGAGACCCAAAUCACAAGAUACAUGGGAAGAUUAUCUAAAAUCAACAGCAGAAUAUCUACUGUCACUGGUUGGGAAACAAGGAAAGAAUAGAGAACAAGAGCUUCUUUCUACUCACAGAAGAAAAACAUUUAUUGUUGGUUUUGUAGCUACCAUAGAAUCCACCAUCAACAUGGCAAAUAAAAUGUUUUCACUGAAAGAAAAUCCUUUUGCAUAUCUGUUAACGUACAAGUUCUCACAAGAUCACAUUGAAUUGUUGUUCUCGUGUAUACGCUCUAAGGGUGGUUGGAACAAUAAUCCAAACAGUAUGCAGUUAAAAUACGCUCUUAGAAAAAUGCUUUUCACGAAUGCAGUGAAAGCCUCGAAAAAUUCCAAUUUUAUAGAUUUUUCAGAAGGUUUUUCUUCGGGAAUAAUUCCAAUUUUACAUAAGAGAAAACACAGAUCCCCGCUUAUCGAAGAAGAAAAGCCAGAAAAUGAUUCCGGGUUUACGCUAACAGAGCAGCUGCUAGUUGAACAGUUAGCUGAAAGAGGACAUUCAGAAUUUAUGGGAAACAUUCUGUUCGACAUCAGUGGAUUCAUAGUCAAAAAGUUGAUAAAAUUACUUGCCUGUACAGCUUGCAGAAGUUGUCUCAUUUCAAGUCUUUCAUCCUCAUCAGUCGACCAUGAUUACUGCGGUGCAAAAACCACACAACAUUCUGACACUCCAGCAGCCUCAGCUUUCACACUAUUCGUCAACAGAGGCGGUUUAACCAUUCCCUCGCAAUCAGUCUACGCCGUUGUCAAGUAUGCUGAACAUAUUUUUAAAGCUUUUGUUGUCAAGGAUGGGAAACACAUCAACUCAAGUGAAAAACUACGCAGUAAAAUGAUCAUGGAAGUCUGCCAUCAUUUUGUUGUCAAUGAGUCCUGUCAUUUAAAUAUCUUUGGCGAUCAUGAUCCCGGGAUGAACGAAGUUGGUUUGGACGAAGACCACAAGCUAAAGUUGAUCAA